AUGCCGUCCGGCGCCGAGUCCCUUUCGGCGCAGGGUCCGGCCGGGCACCUGCCUCCUCCCAUCCUGCCCUUUCUCUUUCCCUUCCUUCUGGCUUUCUGCACUUUUUUCCCUUUUGCAGUCUUAGGCCCUUUCUUUUCCCACUUCCGUAGCCACCAACACCCACAUGGGUUAUCUCCUUCCCCCAUCCCAUCCUGGAACCUAUUUAUACCGAGCCCGGCUCCUGCCCAGCUUGCCAGAGAGAGCUGGAGGAGGAGGACGGGGCUGGCACAGAACCCGCAGCCCAACAUGCUCUUGUUUGAACACGGGCUGGCUGAAAGAGGGUGUUUGCUGCUCUGGCUGCUCCCACUCAUCCUCAAAGCCCAGUCUAGUGAGGAGCUGAGGCCCAGGUCCAUGCCAUGCCAGCAGAGCCCCACAAAGCUGUCAUGCAAAGGCGCUGGCCUGCGCGCGUUCCCGAAGGAGCUGGGCCAAGGAGUGAAACACCUUGAGCUCUCCCACAAUUUCAUCCAAAACCUGUCAGGCAGCUCCGUGCCAGGGCUGGGGCAGCUUGAGCACCUGGACAUGUGCUUCAACCAGCUGGAAGCUGUGUCAGCCACCACCCUGGCCCAGCUGCCCCAGCUGCGCCGGCUCCUGGUGGGACGGAACCGCCUGGACCACAAUUACGUCACGAACGGACGAGCCCUUCACCUGCUCAGGAACAUAGAGGUGCUGGACCUGUCUGUGAACAACCUGGAGAGCCACAUGGCAGGCUGGUACAUCAGCAACCUCACCAGGCUGAGGGUGCUGGAUCUCUCCGGGAACAAGGUGACCAAACUGCCAGCAGGGAUCUUCCGGAGCACCCCACGGCUGCGUGAGCUCGACCUCAGCAACAACUACAUCAUGGAAAUUGAGGAGGGAGCUUUUGAGGCUCUGGAAGAGCUGGAGGUGGUGAACUUGGCUUUGAAUUCCCUCCACUGUGUCUCUAGCUUCAGCCUCACACAGCUGCGAGUCUUAAAUCUCAGCCACAACGCUCUGGAGCUCUUCGUCUUGGAGGAGGGAGCGGAGUCCUACCUGCUUCGAGUGCUUGACUUGAGCCAUAACAGACUCCUGUCCUUUCCAGCACUUCCCAAAGCCCAUCAGCUCACACACCUAAACCUCUCCAAUAACCUUAUUGCCUCCCUACUGCCAGGCUCAAGCCAUCCAGGGGAGUUUGCCCUGCUCUACGAGGAGAUGGCAAGGUUCAACAGCAGCUGGCACACCGUGGCCGGGCUGAUGCAGGUAGCUGACUUGGAUCUCAGCAACAACCGGCUGGAGCUGUUCCCAUUUUCCUUCUUCCACAGCCUGGGCUCUCUACACAGCCUCCACCUGGCUAUGAACUGUCUCCAGGACGUAGCCAGGGAGUCACUGACCAAUGGCACGGAGCCCCAGGACCACUUGCCCACCCUCUCUGUGCACUGGCUGGACCUCCAUGACAAUGCCCUCCGUGUGCUGCCACGCUGGUUUUUCCACUCUCUGCCUCAGCUGGAAACAAUUGAUCUCAGCUCCAACAGCCUCCAACCUUGUGAGAGCUUGGGGAGGGACCAGGGAGAGAUUUCAGGAGGGAGCUCUCAGGUGCCAGGCACUUGUACCCCCUUCUACAAUGUGCCUCGCUUGAAGCAUCUGAGCCUUUGCAGGAACAACAUCAGCAGGCUGCAGCCCUAUGCCUUCAACCAGACCUUCCUGCUCUCCUUGGACCUGUCCGAGAACAAGGACCUGUUUGUGCCUAAGGAAGCCCUGAGGGGCUUGGAGUUCUCCCUGCAGAGACUUUCUCUGAGGGGUAACCAGAUGGAUGACAGCAAGGCAGAGCUGCCUUGCCUGGAGAUGCUCAAAGUCUUGGACCUCUCAGGCAAUAAUUUGAGCCUUUUGCCCGGAGGUCUUCUCUGCUCCCCUCUGGAGAGCCUGGACAUUCACCAUAACAACCUGCUGAGGCUGGAGAAGCCAGCACUGCUGAGCUGGUCCCAGAGCCUGAAGACCAUGUCCCUUGCUGGAAACCCCUUCAGCUGCUGCUCACUGGCCUGGCUGGACGUGCUGCAGGAGAGCAGCGUGGCCGUGCGGGACCUGGACGAAGCCCUCUGCACCUACCAGGACAAGAGCAGCAACUUCUCAGCCAAGCUAACCAGCAGCCCUCGGUGGCUUUGCCCAAGUGCCAGGAGCACCAGCCCUCUGUCCCUGCUCGUGGUCCUGAUCAGCCUUUUGCUUCUCAGCACCGGGGCUUGCUGGCUCCUGAAGAAAGGGCAGAAGUCCCCAGAGUGUGCAGGACUCCAGAGCAACAAGGUCUUCCCUCACCAGCCCAAAAGAGAGGAGCCAGCAGAGGGGAAGCCAGCAGACAGCAUCACCAAGGUGUAA